GAUAGAUGAGUGUGUACAGAAGACGCCGGAAUAAUUUCAGUUGAACGGCGAAUCGACUGCUUUGAAGCUCUAUUCGAUUCACAUAAGUUCAGGAAGAAAAUGUCUCUCCUCAGCUCAUCAUUCUUAGUUUCAGCACCUCAUAAGAGUGUAUCUUCGUCCAAGACAAUUUCAGGGGAAUCCCUACUCUUCCUCUCCACCAAGUUCUCUUCCCUUAAUGUAACCACCACCACCACAAUAACCAAUGUUCCUUACAGAAAGUUAAUAAUUAGGAUGGGUGGUGGUCCAAGAACAUAUCCCGGAGGUGUCUCAAAGUGGCAGUGGAAGCGUAUGCAAGCUAAGAAGUCUAAGCAGCUCCUUAAGGCCCGAUUGGCUCGGGAACGCCAAAUUUAUGAGAUGAGGAAGCGGGCUGAGCUGAAAGCUGCUGUCUCUGAACUUGAGAGGCCUUGGGAAGUGGUUGAAAAGGCACCUACUUUAUUCUCUGUGAGUGCUGAUGAGCAUUUGAGAGUCUUGGCAGAUCGUUUUCAAAAGCCUGGAGGGUUUGAUAUGUGGUCUGACAAAGAUGGGCCAGAAUUGUUCAAGCCUGAAGAUGGAUUACCCUCAGCAAGAUUUUUCCCUAAGGGGGUUGUUCAUAGCAUUAAACCCUAUGGAAACGUUGAGAAUGCUGAUCGUGGUUCUGAUGGGUCCUCAAAUUUGGGUUCAGAUCCUGAAAGUGGAAGUGAUAGAUUAGUUCAUGCUCAAAUACAGGCGGAGUUAGCAAAGAAAGAGGUACAAAGUGAUAAGAAGGUGAGAAUGAAGAGCUAUAGAAAUGAGCAGAAAAAUUCAACAAAACUAAGAAGUGGAUCCAAUAGAGAAGGAAAUGAGGGUUUAGUUUCUAAUAAAGUGUCAAGAGAUGGCAACAAUCGCACGGGCAUGCAGAAUAAGUUCAGGAAGAGCACAAAUCAAAGGAAGUUGUCUGUCCAUGCUGAAAAAUUUAAUUCAGCGGAAGCUGGGAUGUCUAGAGUAAAGAAUAAGGGUCAUAUCCCAGUUGAUAGUGAUGGAGAGCAUGGAAGGUUUAAUCUGGUAGACAUGUUUGAUGAUUCAGAUUCUCCAGUGUUUGAAUUGAGUUUGCAAAACGAUGGGAGUUAUGAGCUUCAACCAGACAAUUAAGAGUUCUGAUGUAGACAAGCUCAGGUUUGGUUGAGAAUAUAUAAAUCAUCCUUGUUCAUAGGUGUAUAUUUUUGCAUCUUUAACUAUUUACUGAUUAAAUCAACAUCGGAAACUAUUAAGAACUAUACGUGAAGUCUGAAGAUGUGAAGCUUUUUUAGGAUUCAAAAUGAUAUACAACUUAUUAUGAGUUUGAUCUUA